CCACAUCUGCAUAUUCGUCUCCUGCCCGAAGCCUGGGGGAGACCGGAAUCACACCUCUGUCCCCUUCUCAUAUUGUGAACGACGCUGACCCGAAUGUCUCAGAGCAGCAGACAUUUCUCGUGGUGGUCGCCAUUGACUUUGGAACAACGUCCAGUGGCUAUGCCUACAGCUUUACCAAGGAGCCGGAGUGCAUCCACGUGAUGAGGCGAUGGGAAGGAGGUGACCCUGGUGUGUCCAACCAGAAGACUCCAACCACCAUGUUGUUGACGCCUGAGCGGAGGUUCCACAGUUUCGGCUACGCAGCCAGGGACUUCUACCAUGACCUGGACCCCAACGAGGCCAAGCAGUGGCUAUACCUGGAAAAGUUCAAGAUGAAGCUGCACACCACUGGGGACCUCACCAUGGAGACUGACCUGAUGGCAUCCAAUGGCAAGAAGGUGAAAGCUCUUGAAAUCUUUGCGUAUGCCCUGCAGUACUUUAAGGAGCAGGCUCUGAAGGAGCUGAGUGACCAGGCAGGUUCGGACUUUGAGAACUCUGAUGUCAGAUGGGUCAUUACGGUGCCGGCCAUCUGGAAACAGCCUGCCAAGCAGUUCAUGAGACAAGCUGCCUACCAGGCGGGCCUGGCCUCCCCUGAGAACUCGGAUCAGCUCAUCAUUGCCCUGGAGCCAGAGGCGGCCUCCAUCUACUGCCGGAAGCUGCGGUUGCACCAGAUGAUGGAGCUGAGCGGCAAGGCCGUGGUGAAUGGGUACAACGCCAGUGACACAGUAGGAGCUGGGUUUGCACAGGCUAAGGAACACAUCCGGCGUAACCGGCAGAGUCGGACCUUUUUGGUGGAGAAUGUCAUAGGAGAGAUCUGGUCCGAGUUGGAGGAAGGUGACAAGUAUGUGGUUGUGGACAGUGGAGGUGGUACUGUGGACCUGACCGUUCAUCAGAUACGGUUACCAGAGGGACACCUUAAGGAGCUGUAUAAAGCCACAGGUGGACCUUAUGGCUCCUUAGGUGUAGAUUUUGAAUUUGAAAAGCUUCUGUGUAAAAUAUUUGGAGAAGAUUUUAUCGAACAAUUCAAAAUCAAGCGUCCUGCAGCCUGGGUUGACUUAAUGAUUGCUUUUGAGUCUCGCAAGAGGGCGGCUGCCCCGGACCGGACCAACCCGCUGAACAUCACGCUGCCCUUCUCCUUCAUCGACUACUACAAGAAGUUCCGUGGGCACAGCGUGGAGCACGCCUUGAGGAAGAGCAAUGUGGACUUUGUGAAGUGGUCAUCCCAGGGGAUGCUGAGGAUGAGUCCGGACGCCAUGAAUGCCCUCUUCAAGCCCACCAUCGACAGCAUCAUUGAGCAUCUCCGGGACCUGUUUCAGAAGCCUGAGGUGGCCACCGUCAAGUUCCUCUUCCUGGUGGGCGGCUUUGCGGAGGCGCCGCUCUUGCAGCAGGCAGUGCAGGCGGCCUUUGGUGACAAGUGUCGGAUCAUCAUCCCUCAGGACGUGGGCCUCACCAUCCUCAAGGGUGCUGUCCUCUUCGGUCUGGAUCCGGCCGUAAUCAAGGUGCGCCGGUCGCCCCUCACCUAUGGGGUGGGCGUGCUGAACCGCUACGUGGAGGGCAAACACCCGCCUGACAAGCUACUGGUAAAGGAUGGUACCCGCUGGUGCACCGAUGUCUUCGACAAGUUCAUCUCAGCUGACCAGUCUGUGGCUCUGGGCGAGCUGGUCAAGCGGAGCUACACCCCAGCCAAGCCCUCCCAGCUGGUCAUUGUCAUCAACAUCUACAGCUCUGAGAGUGACAAUGUCAGCUUUAUCACUGACCCUGGAGUGAAGAAGUGUGGCACGCUCCGCCUGGAUCUCACCAGUACCAGUGGCCCAGCUGUGCCCGCUCGGAGAGAGAUCCAGACCCUCAUGCAGUUUGGGGACACCGAGAUCAAGGCUACAGCUGUUGAUAUCGCUAGCUCCAAGAGCGUCAAAGUUGGGAUAGACUUCUUAAAUUACUAACCAGCCCUCCCUGCCACCGGGCCCUGUGGACUCAGCUCACCUGCACCUGCAGACCUCAAGCCCGACUGUACUUUCCCUUACCUUGACCUUUGACAUGACCCACCAGAUUUCAGCAGCCAAGAUGAGAACCACCACCAGGACUAGGAAUAACCAGGAACUUUUGAGAACACACUGGAGUGGGAAAAAUCGUCACAGUAAGAUUGAGGUUUGGGAGGAGGAAAUUCAUGGACCCGAGCAGAGCAGCUCAUUUUCAUAGGCACACACGUGGGGAAGCAGACCAAAGGAUUCAGAUGAAGGGACUCAGUUUCUGCAGCAGGGAUGGAUCUUGCUUUGAAUGAACAGAUCUCCUCUCCGUGAUGUGAAAUUCAGGAUGCCGUCUUGCUCUGUCUAGAUUUGAAAUGAGACCUUUGAGUCAUGAGGAGAUUCUUCAUCUCUUUGAGAUUUCUCUUUUUACAUUGUUUAGGAUGGUAACCCCUAGAAGAUGCACCCAUCUGUAGGUUUGUUUCUUUUCAUUAUCAUGUGAUUCAAAGUGGAGACUCAGGAUCUAGAGUGUUUAGUU